CGAGACAGAUUGAAGCACGUUGAGACAUUGAAUGAUUUUUCUUUCCACAGCAAAUUCCCCCACUUCAGUGUUUAUCUUUCUCUGCCGGCUGAUUUAUAUAGUUGGAGGCAACCGGAAUCUAAUCAAUCUACAGAGAAUACCAAAUUCGCCCAUUGGCUUCAACCACCUAUCUCAAAGGCUUGCUUUUGUGCCCACAAAUCAAAUCCACAUUCAAUUGGAACGAAACACUCUGUAAUCCUUACUGCUCCAAUUCAGAUUCAAUUUAGUAAACUAAAUUACCGGCGGCGCGGCGGAGCUUCGAAUGGCGACACUCGCCCCUGCUGCUGCUACUACUACUUCUUCUUCUCUGCUCCACCACGCCCACCACUCCGGCAUUCGUCUACAGUGUCUAACGGCGCGGCUACCGGUUACUCCUUUCCGCCUAGAAAGGACGUCCUUUUCCCGCGCCAAAUAUAGCAAUCGUACGAAUCCCCCAUUGGCGACGACUUCAUUCAAUGAGGUAAUCGAGUCCUUGAUCAAUGGGGUUGAUUUAUCGGAAUCUGAAGCCGAGGAGUCGCUGAAUUUCUUGCUCGGUGAUGCUAGUGAGGCUUUGAUCAGUGCUUUCCUCGUCUUGAUGAGAGCCAAAGGAGAGACCUUUGAGGAGAUUGUAGGAUUUGCUAGGGCCAUGCUUAGCCACGCCCUGAAAGUUGAAGGGUUGGAUGAUGCAGUUGAUAUUGUUGGCACUGGUGGAGAUGGAGCCAACACUGUCAACAUCUCUACUGGUGCGUCCAUACUCGCUGCUGCUUGUGGUGCAAAAGUUGCCAAGCAAGGGAAUCGCUCUAGUUCAUCUGCUUGCGGGAGUGCUGAUGUAUUAGAAGCAUUGGGGGUGGCUAUUGACUUGGACCCAGAGGGAGUAUCGAGAUGUGUGAAAGAAGCGGGAAUAGGGUUUAUGAUGGCCCCCAGGUACCACCCUGCCAUGAAAGUUGUGAGUCCUGUGAGGAAAAAGCUUAAAGUGAAGACGAUAUUCAACAUUUUAGGGCCAAUGUUGAAUCCUGCACGGGUACCUUAUGCUGUUGUUGGUGUGUUCAGGGAAGAACUGGUUCAGAAAAUGGCAGGAGCUCUGCAACGGUUUGGAAUGAAGAGAGCAUUAGUAGUCCAUUCAGAAGGCCUCGACGAAAUAAGCCCCCUCGGCCCUGGUACAGUCCUUGAUGUAACUCCACAUGGCGUGGAGAAAUUCUCGUUCGACCCGCUCGAGUUCGGGAUUCCUCGUUGCAGUUUGGAUGAUUUGCGAGGCGGAGGCCCAGACUACAACGCAGAUGUACUGAAGCGUGUCCUAUCAGGAGAAAAAGGAGCCAUUGCAGAUGCCCUGAUAUUAAAUGCAGCAGCGUCUCUACUAGUGAGUGGCAACGUGACAACUCUGGGCGAAGGAGUGGCCUUGGCUAGAGAAACACACUCAUCCGGCAGAGCUAUCCAAACGCUUGAUAAAUGGAUCCAAGUUUCUAAUGCAUAAGCAUGGCGCGCUUGGAAGAUCGGUUCUUUCUGCAGUGACAUGGUGGAACAGAAGGUGAAAGAGUUGAGAAGCUUGUGGAAUAGUUUAUGAGCUAGUAAAAUGCGCAAGCAGUCGGCUGUUUUCUCUUUUAUUUGAGUUAGGAUUUGCAGUUUAAACCUUCAGGAAUCUGUCAAAGAAACAGUGUUGGGCGCAUCUUUUUGUACUAUUUCCUACCUGUUUGGUUGAAUAAAGCUUCCAUUUGUCAGCAGAAGCCAUAAAAGUUACUACAAGCAAACA